AUGGUGACGCCCACGGCUGCUCAAGUCUCUUUGGCCCGCCGCUUGCCCAAGAUCGAGCUUCACGCCCAUUUGAAUGGCUCCAUUCGGCGGUCAACACUCAAAGAACUGGCGCUUGCCGCUGGUUUGAACGCACGGGAGAGCCAGAUCAUCAGGGGAGACGCGCGCACGGUCAGCGAGAUGUUCGCCGUCUUUGAUGUCAUCCACCACGCCGUCAGAGGGGGCAAGACCAUUCGACGAAUCGCUCGCGAGGUACUCGAGGACGCAGAGGCUGAUGGCGUCGUGUACCUCGAGCUCAGGACGACCCCGCGAGCGCACACGGAGUGCGGGCUCGACCAGGUGGGCUAUGUCGAGAGCGUGCUGCAGGGCUUCAAGGACUACGAGGAGACAGCGCAGCGCGACCGCCGCUGCUUCGCCCGCCUUAUCCUCUCCAUCGACCGGAGAGACCCUGCGGAGGUGGCCGAGGCAACUGUCGAUCUGGCGCUGCGGUAUCGCGAUCGAGGCGUCGUUGGCAUUGACUUGAGUGGUGACCCUACCAAGGGGAGAUGGGAGACGUGGUUAGGGCCGCUGACGAGGGCGAGAGAGAGUGGGCUCAAGAUCACUCUACAUGCAGGCGAGGUGCCCGACGUGGACGAAGAGACUCGCAGAAUGAUCGCAUUCAAGCCGGACCGCUUUGGCCACCUCUGCUUCCUCUCGAGCGAGAAUCAGUCGUCGCUGUGGGCGAGCGGCAUCCCAAUCGAGCUCUGCUUGACGUCUAACGUCCUCACCUGCUCCUCGACGAUCCCCACGUACGCAGCUCAUCACUUCGCCCUCCACCACGGCCGCGGACACCCGGUUGCGCUAUGCACCGACGACUGCGCCGUAUUCGGUAGCAGCCUGAGCAACGAAUGUGCCAUUGCCAUCGCCGCUUUCAGUCUCUCCGCAGACGAUCUGCGUGCGAUUACGCGACGUUCCCUGCACAUGUCCUUCCUCGACCCAUCGAGCCACGACUUCGCUCAAAUUCUCACACGCCUCGAGGCAGGGGAAGAAAUGGAUUUACAAUGA